AUGUCCUCCGAAGGCGGGAUCUCCUCCCCCACUGCCACAACUUCCUCCGCCACGGUUGCCGCUGCCGCCUCAAUGUCUCAACUGCAGUCAUCCUUUAACCCCUCCCCUGCCUUGAAGCGUGCCCUCCCUCCCACCGUCGCCGAAGAGCAUGAGCCACCAUACCUCGAUGUCUUGUUGGCAGGAGGAAUGGGAGGUACCAUCGCCGACUUCAUUAUGCACAGUGUUGAUACGGUCAAGACGAGACUGCAGGGACAGCCCACAGCCAACCCACCAAAGUACAACAACAUGUUCCACGCCUACAGCACCAUCCUGCGCGAGGAGGGUGUCUCCAGAGGGCUCUACAGUGGAUUGGCUCCUGCCAUGACCGGCUCUUUGCCAGGAACAACUCUUUACUUUGGAACCUAUGAAUAUACCAAGCGCACGUUGACCGCAGCAGGAUGCCCCGAUACUUUGGCACAUUUGGCAGGAGGAUCCAUUGGUGAUUUUUUCGCAUCGUUCAUCUACGUCCCCUCGGAGGUUCUCAAGACCAGGAUGCAGCUUCAGGGACGGUACAACAACCCCUCGUUCAUAAGUGGAUACAACUACAAGAACACUUGGCACGCACUCCAGAUGAUUGUCAAAUACGACGGAGUCGCAGCCUUGUACCAGGGCUACAGGGCCACCCUGUUGCGUGAUGUUCCCUUUUCGGCGCUGCAGUUUGCCUUUUACGAAAAGUUCAAGGCCGAGGCACGGAAAUGGGAGGCACGCCCAGACGGCCAAAUGUCGCUUCAUAUCGAGACUGCCUGCGGUGGUGUCGCCGGAGGUCUCGCUGGAUUCUUAACCACUCCUCUGGACGUCAUGAAGACCCUUUUGCAGACCCAAGUCAAGAAGCCCACCUCCGCAACGUCAAUAGCAACGGGGACUGUGGCAGCAUCGAACCAAAAGUACUAUGUUGGCAUCUGGGAUGGACUCAAAUGGAACUUGAAGCACCACGGAGUCAUUGGCGGUCUCUUCAGAGGCGUUGGACCCAGAGUGUUCUGGACCUCUUUGCAGUCGGCCAUUAUGUUUGUGUUCUAUGAACAGGCCAUUCACCUUCAGGAGAACAUGCGCCAUUUCGGUCACUACCCCUACGCCUCCAGCUGA